AUGGAACAAUUUCUAUCAUAUUGGAUAUACCAUCUGAAAAAACUCUGCUUAUAAUUUCCGUAAGAGCCACGCCAAGCUUUUAAGUUGAAGUUGGUGUAGGCCUAGCUUUUGAUGGAAGCAAUCCAGAUAUGUUAUCAUUGAGCAUCAGAGGCAUUACAAAAUCCACAACUUCAAGUUUCUCAAAACUGAUUCCUAAUCUCAGAACACCCAAUUCAAUCCUUCCACUAACCUUAAAGUUUCCCCAGAACAAGGAAUAUACAUAUCAUACCCAUUUAGGAGUACUCAGAGGAUCCAAAUGUAUAUUUCAAAUCCAUUUAAGUUUACCCAAAUACUCAUAUAAUCCCACAAAGCUACUUAUCUCUGCAAAACCCCAGAAUUACUCGAUGUCUACUGCAACCCUUCUCGAAGACCAUGCGUCUUCACCGGCACCCAUAUAUGUAAAUGCUAAACAAUUAGGCUCUGCGAGUGCCCUAGCUUUGUGGUUAAGAACCCGAAUGCCUUCAGCUGCAUUUAGCUCGUGGGGAAUCGAACCGGGGACCAAGAAUGUUACAAAUCUCUGGGUGGAAUUGCAGGAGGGCGAGAUAACUCUCGAAGAUUCUUACCCUCCAAAACGCACUGUUAAUGUUGCAAGCGUCAACUUAAGGAAUGCCAAUGGUAGAUUCUUAAUGGAGUCAUACCAAGAAAUGAAUGAUGGGACCAUCAGGGUUCGAAACCGACCACUUUCUGAAAAAAUGAAGGCAGGGGAAACUGUGGAGGAGGGUUGUUUGAGGGGUAUAUUUGAAGAAUUGGGUCCUGUUUUGGGGGCAUCUGAGAGGGUUAAUUUGGUGAUGGGUUCUUAUGAGAAGCAGGUGGAAGAGAGGGUUUCUAUGUCAUAUCCUGGCUUGAUGACGUGCUAUGUUGUGCAUUCUGUGGAGGCUGUCAUAACUGGGUUGCCUGAUAAUGAUUUUUGUACCGACGAAGACGAAGAUGGAAGGAUGAAUGGCGCUGAUACAUGCUCUAAAGAAAGGGCCAUUGGUGUGAAGAGACAUUUCUGGAAGUGGGUGUCCGAGAAGGGAAAAUGAAGAGAAUGAAUUUUGCAGUAAUUGGUACUGUUUGUCCUUUUGCCUUGAAAUUGUUAUGCUCCAAUUGUUCUGAAAUUAAAGUAGCAUUGGAAACGAGUUUUUAAGUCUUUAUACAUGAGUUCUAGCGAGAUAUAUCGUUUCUAAUUUAGUGGAAAAUUUAAACAUAUGUGAAUGCAUAUGUGAGUAAAUUUUGAACAAUAGUCAUUAAUCUUUGUGAUUUCCUUUGUUUAGGAUGUUCCAUUUUCUCAAAAUUCAACCAGCAUUGAAGAUUGUAUCUGAGUUAAAGUUGUAGUCGGCAAUCAAUUUGUUUAUUUUUUAAAUGAUCUGAAAAUGUAGUAUAUGAUACCGUUUAUUCCAA